AUGCGAAUUUUUGCGGCCCCUGCUGGGCGGAUUCGAUGCAGGCCCACGCUUUCCCGAGGCUUCCUCGGGGCUCUGGGCGGCAAGCCGGCAGAAGAGAACCCCAGGCUAGCCGAAGCUCUUGAAGCGGUGAAACGAGGCCGCAUCGACAAGGCCUUGGGCCUUACCAAAGACCUUUGCCGAGACGGUGAGGAGCCGAGUCGGCUGUUGGCCAGUGCCUGCUCUGAUAGCGCGGCGGCCGCCUACGCCGCGGAUCGCGAAGCCCGGGACAUGGCCGUGGGCCUGGCGGUGGCUGGAACUACCUUUGAGAUCCCCGGCCGAGACGUGACGUUGAUCCGCCCCAAACAGCUCAUCGAAGGUUUCUGGCUGCGAAAGAUCAGCGACCAGCACGAGGCUGCAGAGAGUCUCCAACGCCUGGCCAAAGCUGCCGUGGCACUGAAAGGGCUGGAUGACGAGAUGGCAAUUCGUCGACUGGACGAGGUGCCUGGGCCGGAUUCCUCCGCGGCCGCCAGGGACUACCAGCUGCUGUCGCGGAGUUUGGUGCUUCGCUUGCAGACCUCUCGAAGCAUGGCUGUGCUGCAGUCGUAUAUCGGCAAGCGCAUUCAAGGUGACGGGAGCGUCCUCCCCCGCUUGCCGACACUUUGGGCCCUUUUCGUGAAAGCAGGCAAUCACCUGCGUGACGCUUUGCUCUGUGUCGCCCCCAG